UACAGACAGAGGCAGGCGAAGACAUCGGGGCAGUCAUUCUAUGACAUAUAGUAAUAUGCUAUAAUAUUGCUAUUUUAAUUUGAGGAAUUUCUGGUAAAGUUGAAAGGACAAGAAAGGUUUACAGAUCUGUAUGCUUUUUACGUUUUCACCAUGACCAGCAGGAGGAUCCUCGUGAUACUGGCUCUGUUCCUCUUCUUCACCACGUCAAAAGGCUGCCCUAAGGGAUUUGGUAGAAAGAGGGGCAAAUGUGUUGAUGAGGAUGAAUGCAAUGAUUUGAUAAACCCAUGUGGAGACAAUGGGAACUGUAAGAAUACAAAUGGCAGCUUCUACUGCGAGUGUGACGAAGGUUUCAGACUCCAAACUAAUGUGACUUGUAAAGAUAUCAACGAAUGUUUGGAAACCCCAGACAUAUGUGGACCUAAUGCCAUAUGCCAAAACACAAUCCCACAAUAUUCCUGCAGUUGUAAGGAUGGGUUUUACCCAAGUGCUAAGGAGAAAACUUUCCUUCAUGAUAAAAAUGUUACAUGUACAGAUAUCAACGAAUGUUUGGAAACCACAGACAUAUGUGGACCUAAUGCCAUAUGUAAAAACACAAUCCCACAUUAUUUCUGCAGUUGUAAGGAUGGGUUUUACCCAAGUGCUAAGGAGAAAACUUUCCUUCAUGGUGAAAAUGUUAUGUGUACAGACAUAUGUGUGAUUAAGAAGACAAUCUGCGGAAAUGGAACGUGCUACCAGGGACCCAGUGGCCAUUACUGUGAAUGCCACGUAGGGUUCACUAACUACGGCAGAGAAAAGUCUCACUGCACCGAAUUUAACUAUGAUGUUAUCAAUGAAAUGAACAACCUGAACGAGACAUUUCCCAAUGCACACGGCCUUGUGAACCAGCUGAAGGGUUAUUAUCAGACGCUAGCAGAGAACAAAAGUCUAAAGGGGCUUGGUGAAGAGGACUUAUUAAAGAGACUGCUGUCUAUCAUUGAUGAGCUCUUGUCCGGUGGAGCCUUCCACGAUAACAGGAAAGUCUCCAACUUUCUGGACUUGGUGGAGUACAUUCUGAGGCUCAUAGGACCCUUCAUUGAUGCCCCAGGAGCAAAUAGAUCCUCCACUCACUCAGAGCUGGCGAUGUUUGUACAUAAAGAGCCUGUGUUACCCCAAGGGGCUAAGACUUUACCAUCUAAGCAAGCUCAGCUGGACAUCCAGCUGGAGACAGCUGCUGGAGAUCCCUCACAUUACCCCGGCUUCACAACAGUGUCCUUGUUGAGCUAUUUAAACCUGGAAGACUCUGCACAGUUCUAUGAUGGGAUGAAACCACAAGAGAACCAGACCUUUCAGAUAAACUCCAAAGUGGUGACUGUUACUGUCAGUAACAGAAACACAAGCCUUCUCAAAGAGCCAGUCAACAUUACUUUGUACCACCUGACGUCAAAUGAUACUCCCCACAUGUGUGUGUUCUGGGAUUCUUCUUGGAACGGAGGGUCAUGGUCUGCUCGUGGCUGCAGUGUAGUGGAGUCCAAUCUGAAAUACACUGUGUGUUCCUGUAAUCAUCUGAGCAGCUUUGCUGUGCUCAUGGCCCUCUAUGAGAUGGAGGACAGGUUUGAGCUGCAGCUGCUCACCUGGGUGGGCCUGUCCCUAUCACUGGUUUGCCUGUUCAUCUGCAUCUUGACGUUCUCAAUGAUCCGUUCCAUAAAAAGCCCAAGAACCACCAUCCACCUUCACCUCUGCAUCAGCCUCUUUAUUGCUAACCUCGUCUUCCUUUCAGGCAUCUCUCAGACAACGAACCGGGUUGGCUGUGGAGUGGUAGCAGGGCUGCUGCAUUUCUUCUACCUGGCAGCAUUUUGCUGGAUGUGUUUGGAAGGAAUACAACUCUUUAGGAUGGUAGUCCUGGUCUUUAAUGCAAACUUCAAAACCAGCUACAUGUUGGCAGGUGGCUAUGGCGUCCCAGCAGUGAUUGUUGCUGUCUCUGCAUUAGUUAAUCCCAAAGGCUAUGGCACCAAGACAUAUUGCUGGCUAAACUUGGAGUCCAUUUGGAGUUUCUUUGGCCCUGCCUGCCUGAUCAUCAUUAUAAACAUUUUCUUCUUUCUCAUCACUGUGUGGAAGUUGGCAGAGAAGUUCUCCAGUCUGAACCCUGACCUGGACAAACUGCAGAAAAUAAAGGCAUUCGUCAUCACUGCAGUGGCUCAGCUGUGUAUACUGGGCACCAUGUGGAUUUUCGGUUGUUUCCAGUUUCAGAAGGGCACCAUAGCCAUGUCCUACUUGUUCACCAUCCUCGGCAGCCUCCAGGGCCUGAUGCUCUUUGUCAUGCACUGUCUGUUUUCCAAACAGGUGCGGGAUGAGUAUAGAAACAUCCUUUCCAGAUUCUGCGCACCUCGGAAGAAGAGCUACUCUCAGUUUAGUAGCUCCCUCUCCAGCAAAGCACAUACAUCCAAGAGCAGCCACGACACAGGGGAGUCUCACAUUUGAGGAGCUCAGUGGGGACUUGGGAGAAACUGAUCUGCUGAAGACUGCCAUUUCACAGUCCACUAUUGCCCUGCCAUAUGUAGCCGACGCAUCAUUUUCUUUUCUUUUAUAAAUUUUUUUGCGAAGAUCGUUGUCGUUAAACAUAUGAAAUAAUCCACUGGAUUUCAGUCAUUCAAAACAAGCUAAGGAUAUCAGGAUCUAUGACUAAUUUAAGACAACAAAUGUUGAAAUUUGCAUUAUGAUGAUGAAGACCUGUUUUGACCUGUUUAUUUAAAAAUGCUUGUUGUCUUAUCCAGGUACUUUAUUCAACUAACAAAGACAAUCGUACAGCUAUUUCUGAGGAUUUUUUAAUUAUUUUUUAUUGAUCCUGGACCCAAGGACAGUUUGAAACAGAGCUAUAUUUUAAAUAUGUUUACAGUAUUUUGCUGGGCAUUCAUGCACUGUAUAUUGUAUCAAAUUUUGUUUAUUUAUGUUUGAAACUGCAAUUUCAGAAAUACCUUUACUUAGCACUUUCUGCAAUAUUAACAUGAUUAGAAGUAUAUAGUAGUAUAUAGUAUAGCAUAUAGUAGUUAACUAUAUAAUUGGACAUUGGAAUUGUGUUGAAGUUGAAAAUAGUCACCUUUGUGCACCUUUUUCAUUUUUGCAUUGCAUGUCUUUCAACAUGUGAAUUGUUUAGCUGUAGUUUUAAAUAUUUUAAGAAGAAGUGUUUUGCUGUUUUCUACUGGGAGCUUUAAACAGAAUAAAUAUUCUGAUAUUAUAUAUGAACUCAUA